AUGUCUAUGGACCAAGCAGCAAGUCUUGCAUUUCCUCUGCCCCUCAGUCCCAUUCCCACUCCCCCAGAAGCAGGCCUAUAGGACCCCAGUCGGUCCUAUAGCUCCAGGGGAGCUGGAGCCCCCUGGGACCAGUGAUGAUGAGGAGGCCACAGGCUGGAAGGAGAGGGUCUCCAGCGCCAGGGAGCGCCAUGGCGGACACAUUUACUGA